GUGACCGGAAGUUAGUGACCGCUGUGGCGCUGGCUUUAGGAGACACAUGGUGAGGACUGGGUUUAGGUGUGCGAAGUGGCAGGGCUAUUUCCUACUCUUUCUCUUCACUUAUUUUGGGUCUUCUCGGAGGAGGAGGGCUGGGAUAGGUAGGUUGGGGGCGGAGGCCAUCAGGGAGAAUAAAUUACUUUUCCCACUAGAACAUACCAGGUACAUGCCCAGCCUUCAUGAAAGUGAACAAAGAAUCAAAACGCCUUUUUGUGGGUGGCCUUGGCCAGGCCAUUUCUAAGGCAGACCUGCAAAAUCAGUUCAGCAGAUUUGGAGAAGUUUCUGAUGUGGAGAUCAUCACACGGAAAGAUGACCAAGGAAACCCACAGAAAGUCUUUGCAUAUGUCAACAUCAAAGUAGCAGAAGCAGACCUGAAAAAAUGUAUGUCUGUUUUAAAUAAAACAAAAUGGAAAGGUGGAACUCUACAAAUUCAGCUGGCAAAAGAGAGUUUUUUGCACAGAUUGGCCCAAGAGAGAGAAGCAGCAAAAGCCAAGAAAGCAAAAUCAGCAACAGACACCACCAACUUAGUAGAAAAGAUGGGCGGGGUAGAUUUCCAUAUGAAAGCUGUGCCUGGGACAGAAGUGCCAGGUCACAAGAAUUGGGUUGUGAGUAAAUUUGGAAGAGUCUUACCUGUUCUUCACCUCAAGAGUCAGCACAAACGUAAAGUCAUAAAAUAUGAUCCUUCAAAAUUUUGCCACAACCUAAAGAAGAUAGGGGAGGAUUUCACAAAUACCAUUCCUGUAUCCAGCCUCACUUGGGAAUUGGAAGGAGGGAAUGACCCUAUGAGUAAGAAGCGACGAGGGGAGUUCUCUGACUCUCAUGGCCCUCCCAAGAAGACGAUAAAAGUGAACGACGAAAGUUCCACGGGGUCUCUGGCAACGAGUCCAAGGUCCAGCUGGGUAAUGGCAAGUCCACACUUAACACAGCAACAAGCUGUACAGAAAAGACGUGGUGUUUCCAUUACUUCUUCUAAACCACCCCUUGUUCCUGGUACUGAUACUCAGAAACUUAACAAUGUGCCCUUUUGGACUUCUGGCUUAGAAACUUCCAGGAUUAGAAAUAGUGUAUCAGAUGAUGAUAUGGAUUCAGAAGAUGAAUUAAGCGUGAUGAUUGCAAAAGAAGAAAACUUACAGAAAAGUACAUGGUCCUCAAUAAGUGAAUCUGAAAAUGAUCCCUUCGAAGUUGUAAAGGAUGACUUUAAAUCAGAUGCUCACAAACUUCAUUCCUUAACAGGUUUAGGUAUCAAAAAUAAUGUCUCUUGCCAUGUUAGUGAUGAUUAUGUUAUGGGAAAUGAUUGUGAGUAUGAUUCAGGAGAUACAGAUGAAAUUAUUGCAAUGAAAAAAAACAUUAGUCAGGUCAUAAACAGUACAGAAUUUCCACAAAUGGAAAAAUCUAUAUACAAGAAAACUUCUUUCAAAAACAAAGAAAACUGUGAGCUUUCUAAACAUUUUAUUCAAGAACAAAAAAGAAAAAACAAUGUAGAGUCAGCCAUUAGUCAUGGAGUGAAGCCUUUUAAUUGUAAAUCUCCAUCUGACUCCAGUAGUAGUGAAGAUGGUGAUUCUGCAUCAGAAUUAGCUGAGUCUGAGGGAGACAAGGAGUAUAAUGCCAUGAUAAAAAACUGUCUCCGUGUGAAUCUCACUUUAGAUGACUUGGGACAGUUGGCUGGCAGUGAUCCAAAGGUUCCAAAUGAUGCUGAGAGCAAUGGCCAAGAAGAAACCACCGUCUGCCUCAAGUAUGACAGAGCCUCCAAGAGCCCCAAAACUUCCUGUGGCAUCCGCAAAGGCCAACAGUGUAUUUGUCCUGAGGAGAUUUUAGCUUCUCUUUUAGAAGGAGAGACUACCUGUGAUAAACAGAAACCAAAGGAAAAUAACGUAAAGCCAAAAUUUCAGGCUUUCAAGGGAGUAGGCUGUCUCUAUGGAAAGGAGUCAUUGAAAAAGUCAUUGAAAGAGAGUAUUGCCUCUAAAAGUAUUAAUAAAGAUCAGAAUUCCUUGAAACAUAAUGAUCCUACUAGCAUUUUCACGGAAAACAGGUCCCCAUAUGCUAAUGACUCAUCAAGUGGACUGACUUCAAGUCAAUACGCAAAGGUCAAUGGUGCAAACAAUAUCCAACCUCAAAAAAGACAGUCCACUUUUGAGAGUCAAGUCCACAAGGUGGUAUCCCCCAACAGUUCCGGAAAGGGAAGUAGGAACCCUGUUUCUAACCUGUUGCCAUUAAAAAGUAAGAAGUCCUUAAGUCUUAGUAUAAAUACUCACAAGAUACGCUUUGACAAAGACAGCUGCCAUAGUGCCACAAAUACAGAAACUUCAGAGGACGAGAGCUCUGAUUCAAGCAGCCUCACACCUCUUGAGAAAUCACCAAAGGUCUCUUCCAGGAAAGACACUCAGGAAAGCAAAACCGAUUUCUCACUUUCCAUCAGUAAGUCAACGGAUAUGAGUGCUAAGGAUAAGCGUGCUGAAGAUAAUCAGAAGCGGUUGGCAGCCUUGGAAGCAAGACAGAAAGCGAAAGAGAUGCAGAAGAAGCUAGUACAUAAUGCUCUGGCAAAUUUGGAUGGUCACCCAGAGGACAAGCCAAUGCACAUCAUCUUCAGUUCUGACAGUGAAAGUGAAACGGAGGAGACAUCUGCUCAGGAACAUAGCCAUCUAGGAGAGGAACUGGUGAAACAGUCUGUGGGUAAAACAUCUGGGAAGCUGUUUGACAGCAGUGAUGAAGAGGAAUCUGAUUCCGAAGAUGACAGCAACAGGUUCAAAAUUAAACCUCACUUUGAGGGCCGAGCUGGACAGAAGCUCAUGAAUUUACAGUCACACUUCGGCACUGAUGACAGAUUCCGCAUGGAUUCUCGAUUUCUAGAAAGUGACAGUGAAGAAGAACAGGACGAAGUAAAUGAAAAUAAAACUGCGGAGGAAGAAGAGCUUGCUGCAGAAAAAGAGAAAGCCCUGAAUGUUAUGCAAAGUGUUUUGCACAUCAACUUGAGCAAUUCUACAAGCAAAGGAUCAGUAGCUUCUAAGAAAUUUAAAGACAUCGUACGUUAUGAUCCAACAAGGCAUGACCAUGCCACUUAUGAAAGAAAAAGAGAAGAUAAACCAAAAGAAAGUAAAGCAAAACGAAAAAAGAAAAGGGAGGAAGCUGAGAAGUUACCUGAGGUGUCUAAAGAAACGUAUUAUAACAUUGCUACAGAUUUGAAAGAAAUAUUCCAAACUACAAAAGAUACCAGUGAAAAGGAAGAGGACAAACCCUGGAAUGAGGACUGUGACAGCAAGAAACCCGAGGAAAUUCAGGACCCCGCAGCUCUGACAAGUGGGGUCGAGCAGCCCAGUGGGUUCACGUUCUCCUUUUUUGAUGCAGACACUAAAGACAUCAAGGAAGAAACCUAUAAAGUUGAAACAAAGAAACCUGGGAAGAUUGUCUGGCAGGAUGACCCUCGUUUCCUAGACAGCAGUUCAGAAGAGGAAGAUGGUACUGAAGAAACAGAUCACGGAAGUCCCAAUCCUGGAGAAGCAUCAUUGCCUGAGAAAGAAACCACUAGAUUUUUCUUUUUCUCCAAGAAUGAUGAAAGACUUCAAGGUAACUCUAACUUAUUCUGGAGAGGAGUGGGAAGUGAUGUUACCAGGAAUUCUUGGGAGACCAGAACAAACAACCUUCGUAUGGAAUGUCGGAAGAAACAUAAAGAUGCAAAAAGGAAAAUGAAACCAAAAUAACAAAUGUCAGCAUUGGUUUUGAUACCAAAUGUGGACAAGGCUCACCUAAGGAAAUUGACCUUGAAAAUAGUUUGGACUGACAAGAAAUUUCAGAGUGAAGGAAUAUUCAAAAUCUGGCUGAUGGAAUAGCAUUCUGGUUGCCAUCUUUUUCUGUGUAACUCC